AUCCAACAAAAUAUACAAAGAUACAGCAGAUACAUGUGAUCCAAUGCCUAGUCCGCAGUCCGCGGCACAUUGAGGCUAUUAAAGCAAGUAAUCGCAAUUUGUGCAGCUUAAGUGAUCAGACAUCAGAGACAGUGGGACAAUAUAAGCCAAACGAAAGACAAAACGAGACGGAAACACUUCGUAGAUACAUACUUACCAGAUAAGAACUACGUAAGUUAGAAAUUGGCCCACUGUGCACCGCUGAGCAUGUUCACUUGUGCUGUUGACCAGAGUACAGACCACAGAUUAUUAAAUUUAUGAAAUUCUAUUGAUAUUUACACGCAAACUUUGACCGCUCGAGAGCCGCUAAAUACAUCCACACAAAACUUGAGACUGUAGGAAAACUGUAGCCUUACGAGCAUAUAUAUGAGUGCAUUGGCUUGGUGUUUGUAUACUAAAUUUAAUGGAAUCUUGAGUUUAAGCGAGACCAAAUCGGUCUAUCUUCAUGACACUAUUCAGUUCGACUACAAACCUUGUUCGGUUCACACACGCUAACGAGAGUAGAAUAUCGCAUUUUGCAUUCAGAAAUUGUGUUAUGACCAACAAUUAGUUACUAUGUUUCAAAAUAUAAUUGAUGUGAUCUUUGAUUGAUCGCAAUUGAACGAGUAGAGCUUGUGUUAAAAGGCGAAACUAAAUGCUUCCACUGAUACAAUAAGAAUGGUUUAUUUUGGCGAUCGACAACGCGAUCGUAAUCGCGAUCGCAGUAAUCAACAAAAAGUCGAAAGAAUUAUUCACGAUGAAGAGUUUGGCGAAGAGAAUGUCGAGCUGGUCGACUCGGAAUGGGCGGAUUUCGAGAAGUUCAUUUGCCAGUUACGGAAACGGCGUACCAGUACUAUGUCGAUGGAAGAGGAACUGCGUCAUGUACAGCGUCAUCCGAAGAUCAAGUCGCAGGCAUUUUAUCCAUGUCCACCGUCAGCGGAGCAUACUCGGGAUUCGGAUUCAUCAGACGACGAUGAUCCCGUUGGAUACAUCGACACACUUAUGUAUGGUCGCUAUACCAAAGAUCUAGGAGAAUUUGCAAAGGAUGAAGCCAGAAAACUCAAAUUACUCGAAAAGCGACGAAAGCAGGAAGACAAACAGAGGAAUAAGGAGCUGUUAGGGACACAAUCGACCAGAGCAAAGCAUAUAUCAUCAUGGAUCUGGAGGCAUACGGUGGCACGGCUUGGCGAAGACUGGGUCUUUUUAGCGCUAUUAGGUAUUAUCAUGGCCCUGCUAUCAUUUAUCAUGGACAAAGGCAUAUCUAUAUGUACAAACGCUCGUAUCUGGCUCUAUCGCGAUCUGACGACACAUCCAUUCGUUCAAUAUAUAUCUUGGGUUUCACUGCCGGUCUGCUUAAUAUUAUUUUCUGCCGGCUUUGUGCAUCUCAUCGCACCGCAAAGUAUAGGUUCCGGUAUACCUGAAAUGAAGACCAUACUGCGUGGCGUUCAAUUGAAAGAGUAUCUCACAUUUAAGACAUUAGUGGCCAAGGUUAUUGGUUUAACGGCAACUCUGGGCAGCGGUAUGCCAUUAGGAAAGGAAGGCCCUUUCGUACAUAUAGCAAGUAUUGUAGCACAAUUAUUAAGUAAACUUGUCACAUCAUUCCAAGGCAUAUAUGAGAAUGAGUCGAGAAAUUCCGAAAUGCUUGCGGCUGCCUGUGCCGUUGGUGUGGGUGCAUGCUUUGCCGCACCCGUUGGCGGUGUCCUUUUUAGUAUUGAGGUUACCACGACGUACUUUGCAGUGCGUAAUUAUUGGCGUGGCUUCUUUGCUGCAGUGUGUGGCGCCACAGUCUUUCGCCUGCUGGCGGUGUGGUUCCAGAAUGCCGACACUGUGCGAGCACUGUUCUUGACUAACUUCACCACCGAAUUUCCCUUUGACCCCCAGGAGUUAUUUGUCUUUGCCUUGAUUGGACUUGUAUGUGGCUUGGGUGGGGCAUCCUACGUCUGGGUCCAUCGACGCUAUGUCCUCUUUAUGCGCUCAAAUAAGCGCAUGAACAAGUUCCUACAAAAAAAUCGGUUCCUGUAUCCUGGAUUCCUGGCAUUGCUAGUCUCCAGCAUAUCGUUUCCACUGGGCACUGGCCAGUUUCUGGCUGGAGAGCUCAGUACCCAUGAGCAGGUCACUCAACUGUUUAGCAAUUUCACUUGGUCCCGCGAUGAUCUGACUGUGGAACAGGCGGCAGUUGUAACCCACUGGAUGACCAGCUACACCAGUGUGUUCGGCAAUCUCGUCAUUUAUACUCUUUUCACGUUUAUCUUCUCGAUUGUUGCCUCCACUAUACCGGUUCCAUCGGGCAUGUUUAUUCCUGUUUUCAAGAUCGGAGCUGGCUUUGGUCGACUGGUGGGAGAGUUUAUGGCAGUGACAUUUCCACAUGGAGUACGCUAUGGCGGACGUCUGUCCCCUAUUAUGCCCGGCGGAUAUGCCGUUGUGGGGGCCGCUGCCUUCUCUGGGUCCGUGACCCAUACGGUAUCCGUAGCAGUGAUUAUAUUCGAGAUGACUGGACAGAUCACGCAUGUGGUGCCUGUUAUGAUCGCCGUACUGGUGGCUAACGCAGUGGCAGCACUGCUUCAACCCUCCAUAUACGACAGUAUUAUAUUGAUUAAGAAGUUGCCGUACCUACCUGAUCUUCUGCCCUCGAGCUCCGGCAUGUACAGCAUAUUUGUAGAAGACUUUAUGGUGCGGGACGUGAAAUAUAUCUGGCACGGCAUCUCCUACCAGAAGCUCAAAGAAGUCCUCAAGGCAAACAAAACACUGAGGUCCCUGCCAUUGGUGGACAGUCCUGACAAUAUGAUCCUACUGGGGUCCGUGCAACGCUACGAGCUAAUCAAAAUGAUUGAGAAGCAUAUCGGCAGAGAGAAACGCAUGGAAGUGGCACAAAAAUGGCAAAAGGAGGCCGAGGAGCGGGCCCUGGAGGAGGAGAAGAUACAACAAGGUGUCGAGCUUCGAAUGCGCCGUCCCUCGCGAUUUGAAGUUCUUCCAGCCCCGGAUAUCCUAAGUUUACGACAGAUUGCCAACGAUGAAAUGCUUCCGCCCAAGAAACGUGCCGAAACCAUGCACAGUUCGCUCACUCCCAGGAAAUCUAUCCUAAAGAAGACCAACUCCUUUAAUCUGAAGACCUAUGCCCCUGCUCCCCUGCACCAAAGUCCGAGUAUCACGCCAUACACCACGAUAACUGGGAACUCUGAGUUCCGCAUCCGCUCUGCCUUCGAGGCCAUCUUCAAGAAGUCGACAACUCUCCAGGACGUCCAGCCCAAUGCCGAAACGGGCUCUCUCUCCCCGGCUGCUAGCAACAAUGAGGUCGAAGUACAGCAACGUACUGCUACGCCCAGCACACCGGGUGUUUCGAAAAAGGUUCAGCUGCAAGCACAAAAUAAUUGGAAUUUCGUAACAGAUCAAAUUAUGCUGCAAGUAAAUCCUAUCUCUACGGAUACCCCGGUACAAUCAAAAAAUGUGCCGGCUAAGAAGGACACCAACGAAAUUUUAGUCACAAAUGAGGAUAAUAGGGAUUCAUUUAACUCCACUCGAUAUCUUUGCAAAGAAGUUCUCGGUGAUCAGGACAACAUUAAACACAAGACAAAUAAAGUUGCGGAUAUGGAUGCCAGAAUGCCAUUUAUAAUGCAGCUCUCUUCGGAGAAUGAUAUGCAGGAAGUAAAUCACAAAAAAAACAAGAAAAAGGCAACAAAGAUUCGAUUUUAUGAUGAAAAUACGAAUAAAUUAAAUGAAAAUAUGGGCUAUAAUAUACCACUAGAUACCGAUACCGAAACGAUAUGUCCAGAAACAGAGGGUGAGACCAUUCAAAAGACGAAGUCCGUGCAAUUGCCAAGAGAGCGCGUUAUUGACAUGUCCCCCGAGGAUCAGAAGAAAUGGGAGCUCGAGGAAAUGUUGAAGGCCGUCGAUUUGCAGAAAGCAAAUGUGCACAUUGAUCCAUCACCGUUUCAACUCGUAGAACGCACUUCAAUACUUAAGGUUCAUUCAUUAUUCUCAAUGGUCGGCAUUAAUCACGCAUACGUAACAAAAAUCGGGAGACUUGUUGGUGUUGUUGGACUUAAAGAGCUACGAAAGGCCAUUGAAGACAUCAAUAGCAAUAGUUUUGUGGUUGCCACACGGGACGAAGAUACCGAAACUGAGACCAAGACAGCAGUGGAGAAGAUAGCAUUGCUAUCUUCGAAUGCCAGUGACAAGACUGUGGAUAUGACAGUUACGUCGAUGGACUCGGCUUUAUCGAAUUCUGAAAAUUGUUCCGACAUUGAAAUGGAUCACAUAAAGCACAUGGAAAUAAACCCCUCGGUGAUUCUCACACAUGAGACAUCUGCAUCGAAGGACACAAAUACCACAGAAAAUGGCAAUCAUCAAACUUGAAAACUAUGAAAGAGUUCUAAAAAUAGAAUAUUGAAUACGUUUUUAAAGAUCAGUUAAAAUCUAUAAUAAGUGCAGUCAACAAAAGUUAUUAUAUAUUUAAAGCUUGCUAGUUCAUAAAAUUAGAAGAAUAUCGUGAUUUACAUUUAAGUUGAAAUGAAGAGGAAGUAGUCGCUUUUGUGUGUAUUUUCGAAAGGAAGUGCCUAAAAAUUUUCUUUCAAUGUACCUCUGGCGUUACUUUUUGUUCAAAUAACCAAACCAAAUCAACCACCCAAGCACAUACAGUCAGAAAAUAAAAUAGUCAAUAUCACUUAAUUUUAAAUUUUCCAUUGAGAGAACGUGAGGAAAAAACGAAUGAAGUCGCUCAGUACUCGAUGCAAUGACGUUUUGGGACGAACUUGGACCAGGCAAUGCCAGGGAAGAUACUCGUAUGAUAUUAAAUUAAAAUAUGGCAAUCGUUUAGUCGAACCAGACGAUCCAUAUGUUAUUCAUUACAUGCCACCGGACAAAUAUCUCAUAACCAUGGGAAAAAGUAAACUGGACAAUGCCGAGACUGUUAUCCUGUCGGCAAAAGGAUUCCUUGAUGAAAACAACAAUAUAAUUGAGAAACUCAAGUACUUGGGCUGCGUGCCAUAUAGAUUCCGCUUCACCGAGGAACUUGUCGCACACUGCAAGGGUCGUGACCGGCCUGACCGAUUGCAAGGUGGCUACGCACACUUUACGGUUCUGAAUUAUGCAGUGCAUGAUUUCAACCGAAAACAAGAAUGGAUAAGUGGUACGUCGUUUAAUGAUUUUGAGAAUUCCACUUACCACUCGAACUGCUCCGCCGAUUACUUGGGCGGAUUACAAUGGUGGCCCUUGCUUCUACUAGGAUGGUUUCUGUUGGUUUCGAUAUACAGCAGCUUGAAGAAAUAAACACCGAAAAGCGGGGGUAUUGGCGGCCAUUUACUAGUGAUGAGCAUCGCAAGCGAUUAAGAAGUAUCGAAAACAAAAAUACCGAUUUGGAAAGUUGGUAUUUUCUACCAGCUGAUUCAACCAGUCCUGGAAAACAAAUAAAUUAUUGUGUAUUUG